AAGCAGGGCAAUUCUCUUGAAAUUUCACCUUGAAUAACUUUUUUGGUGCGGGUGAAGGCAUAAUUUUCGAUUCUGACAAACCCAUGGGAUUCUUUUCCUUUUUAUAUCGCGCGGUGGUUCGGCUGGCUGACAAAUUUAACUUGACGCACCGUAUACGACGAUUGAAGGUGGGACGAACCGAACCAAAUCAGGAACCGGAGUUUAAUGACUUGGAAAAAAAAGGCUUGAAGCGUCAAAAACGCGGUUUGGUCGGCCCUGUUAAACCUUUUGAAUCGCUCGAAUCCGAAUUACAUCAUGUCUAGCAAAAAGCCCAGUGAAGCCGAAAUUACACAACAAUAUAACAAGUUCAAGGGUGAAUUGCAACAGUUAGCGCAAAAGAUUGGCGAGCUGGAAUCUGAAGUUGAGGAACACAAGCUCGUAAUUGACAGUAUUUCACCAUUGGAGCCCGAACGUAAGUGUUUCCGUAUGGUGGGUGGCGUGCUUGUUGAACGAACGGUCAAAGAAGUAUUACCAGCACUGGAAACGAACUUUAACGGUAUCCAGCAGGUGAUCCAACAACUGCUGCAAUCAUACAAGCGAAGAGAACAGGACUUCCAAUCGUUCCAAAAGGAACACAAAAUCCAAGCUGUUGCCAAGCAGUAAUAGCACAAUCCAACCCAACGACGGUACACGACACGCACAUUCAAACAUCUCCUACAGCUACUACUACAUGUCAUACCUUGUUCAUCUUGUAUAAAAGAAAGUUUUCACGAGUAAUACCGUUGGAGGAAAAGAAAGAGUAUCAAGUGUUUUUUAAUGUGUGUGGGAAGCAACUAAAGAGAAAAAGCGGGGUAGCGGUCCCCCUUCUCGGGUUUAAGC